GCAGCAUGUGGCGCUCCGCUGUCAGUAGCAACAAGCUGCGCAAACCAUGCAGGAUGAUUUACUGAUGGACAAAAGCAAAACCCAGCCCCAGUCUCAGCAGCAGCAGCAGCAGCAGCAGCAGCAGCAGCAGCAGCAGCAGCAGCAGCAGCAGCAGCAGCAGCAGCAGCAGCCGCCGCGGCAGCAGCAGCAGCAGCAACAGCUCCAGCCCGAGCCCGGUGCAGCCGAAGCCCCGUCCACGCCCCUCUCCUCAGAGACCCCCAAGCCCGAAGACAGUAGUGUAGUGCCGGCCCUCAGCCCCGCCUCGGCUCCGCCAGCCCCCAACGGCCCCGACAAGAUGCAGAUGGAGUCGCCACUCCUGCCGGGCUUGAGUUUCCAUCAGCCCCCUCAGCAGCCGCCGCCACCGCCGCAGGAGCCCCCGGCGCCCGGAGCGUCGCUGUCGCCGUCCUUCGGCAGCACCUGGUCCACGGGCACUACGAACGCGGUCGAGGACAGCUUCUUCCAGGGGAUCACCCCAGUCAACGGGACCAUGCUCUUCCAAAACUUCCCGCACCACGUCAACCCGGUCUUCGGAGGCACCUUCUCGCCGCAGAUCGGCCUGGCGCAGACCCAGCACCAUCAGCAGCCGCCGCCGCCAGCGCCGCAGCCGCCGCAGCCCGCGCAGCCCCCGCAGGCGCAGCCCUCGCAGCAGCGCCGCUCGCCCGCCAGCCCCAGCCAGGCGCCCUAUGCCCAGAGGAGCGCCGCCGCCUACGGCCACCAGCCCAUCAUGACCAGCAAGCCGUCCUCUUCCUCGGCUGUCGCAGCUGCUGCGGCCGCGGCCGCCGCCUCUUCGGCCUCAUCCAGCUGGAACACGCACCAAAGCGUGAACGCCGCUUGGAGUGCUCCGUCCAAUCCGUGGGGUGGCCUGCAGGCGGGCCGAGACCCUCGCCGCGCGGUCGGCGUGGGCGUGGGCGUAGGUGUGGGGGUACCCUCCCCGCUUAACCCCAUCUCGCCGCUCAAAAAGCCCUUCUCCAGCAAUGUGAUCGCUCCACCCAAGUUCCCCCGUGCAGCCCCGCUCACCUCCAAGUCCUGGAUGGAGGAUAACGCUUUCCGGACCGAUAAUGGUAACAAUCUGUUGCCUUUUCAGGACCGGAGUAGGCCCUAUGACACUUUUAACUUGCACUCCUUGGAGAACUCCUUAAUGGAUAUGAUAAGGACUGACCAUGAGCCUCUGAAAGGACGCAUGGGAAUAAAUUUUCACCAUCCAGGAACAGAUAACAUUAUGGCACUUAACACCAGGAGCUAUGGGCGGAGACGAGGUCGGUCUUCUCUCUUUCCCUUUGAAGACGCCUUCUUGGAUGACAGCCAUGGUGAUCAGGCCUUAUCAUCUGGCUUAAGUUCUCCCACUCGAUGUCAAAAUGGGGAACGAGUGGAACGCUACUCUAGAAAGGUGUUUGUUGGAGGCCUUCCUCCUGACAUCGAUGAAGAUGAGAUCACUGCCAGCUUUCGCAGGUUUGGACCACUCGUGGUGGACUGGCCUCAUAAAGCUGAGAGCAAGUCGUACUUCCCUCCUAAAGGCUAUGCCUUCCUGCUGUUCCAGGAGGAGAGCUCAGUGCAAGCUUUGAUAGAUGCCUGCCUAGAAGAGGAUGGGAAACUGUACCUGUGUGUGUCCAGCCCCACCAUCAAGGAUAAACCGGUGCAAAUCCGACCGUGGAACCUAAGUGACAGUGACUUUGUAAUGGAUGGCUCUCAGCCUUUGGACCCCAGAAAAACUAUCUUUGUUGGGGGAGUUCCACGACCCCUUCGAGCUGUUGAACUGGCAAUGAUAAUGGACCGUUUGUAUGGUGGUGUUUGCUAUGCUGGCAUUGACACAGACCCAGAGCUGAAGUACCCGAAAGGUGCUGGGCGUGUUGCGUUCUCCAAUCAGCAGAGCUACAUUGCAGCCAUCAGUGCACGCUUUGUGCAGCUUCAACACAACGACAUUGACAAACGGGUGGAAGUGAAGCCGUACGUGCUGGAUGAUCAGAUGUGUGAUGAGUGUCAGGGCACACGCUGCGGUGGGAAGUUUGCCCCAUUCUUCUGUGCCAAUGUCACCUGUCUGCAGUACUACUGUGAGUACUGCUGGGCCAGCAUCCACUCCCGAGCCGGCCGUGAGUUCCACAAACCACUGGUGAAGGAGGGAGGCGACCGCCCCCGGCACGUCCCGUUCCGCUGGAGCUGAGCCCCCGGCCGGCCAACACAGCUACAAGCACUGGAGUAGAUCACAAGGAGGAAGAGAGGACACUGCCUCAGGGCUCAUGGUGUUCUGGAAAUCUGUGCAUUCGUUCUCGAUUUUUAAAGAAGAAAUGGGUCUUUUUAUU